UUUGUUUUGUUAUUGCUAGGAUACGCUAUUUUUGCCUUUUUACAUGCGAGAGUGUGGAAAUGAGAAUGAAAUACUACAAAAUCAUCCCUUCUAUUUCACAUAAAUUCGCAAAAGCCGAACAUAGUAGGCAUCGUUCGAAUAAGCGUCGUAGCGAUUUGUAGAGAGCCGCCGGCAGCGUUCUGAUGCCGUUUGUAAACAAUACCGACAGCAAUUCCAAUAUGGCUGAAAGUGCAUUUCAUAUGAUUGUUUCACCUGGUACAUAUAGAGGCGCCUUGGUUCAAAUUACACAUGCAAUGCUUUGUUUUGUUUACUUCUAGAAUAUAAAGUUUUAUCAUUUGUUUUUAUAACUGGCAGUCGAGUUUUGAAUUAAUUUGAAUUUAUAAAGUUUCUCUAGAGAAGUGAGAUGACGCUUGCUGACAACAAACUUGACCAAUGCAGCUUUUGCUCUGAUAUAUGCAAUGAGGAAUCUCGUCACGCGUUGGUUCCCACUCACCAUCAAGAGAAGAAGAUAAAAAUUAUCCUGCAGGAGUUGACAAGUUUGACUUCCCAGUUGAGCAGUUAUCCUGCGUGUGGUAAAUGUCGCCAAGAGUUCAUAACCAUUCAUAAUAUUCCCGAGAGCUGCUUCCAUGUUUUGUCCAUUGCCAAACCGACUGACAUCAAGAUAGAGCCAGAGUUAAUAAUCGAUGAUCAUGAGCUGUCGGAUAAUGAUAACAGUUUUGAGACAGACCCAAUAGCAAACGUAGACCCAAUUGGACAGCAAGUUGAAAUGCAAAUCAAGGGAGAAAACGAAGAACUAUUCAUCAUCAGUCAUAAAUGUGAGGAAAGCUUCGGGAACGAAGAAGAAAGUCCGUUCAAAUGUGAAAUGUGUGAAAGAACAUUUUGCUCUAAUCACGGACUCAAACUGCACAUUCGAACUCAUACUGGUGAACGUCCCUAUUCUUGUUCACAGUGUCCGAAAGCGUUUAAGAGUGCUUCGACGCUCAAACAGCACAUUCGAAUUCAUACGGGGGAACGUCCGUAUUUUUGUCAACAUUGUCCGAAAACGUUUAACCAAUCUAGAACGUUGAAACGACACAUUUCAGUUCAUUCGGAUGAACGGCCCUAUUUGUGUCCACAUUGUCCGAAGACAUUUAAGAAGGAUAUAAUGCUCAAACGGCAUAUUCUGAUUCACACGGGCGAACGUCCUUUUCCGUGUCCACAUUGUCCGAAAGCAUUUAAAGAUCGUUCAAUGCUCCAAUAUCACAUUCGAGAUCAUACGGGUGAACGACCCUAUUGUUGUCCACAUUGUCCGAAGACGUUUAAGAAAUCCACAACGCUCAAACAGCACAUUCGAGCCCAUACGGAUGAACGUCCCUAUUCUUGUCCACAUUGUUCCAAGGCGUUUAGGCAUUCUACAACACUCCAACUGCACAUUCGGACUCAUACGGGUGAACGUCCUUAUUCUUGUCCACAUUGUACUAAAAAGUUUAAGGUGGCCACAGCGAUGCGGAUGCACAUCAGGAUACACACCAACGAGAGACCAUACGUUUGUGAACACUGUACGCAAGCAUUUACCCAGUCCUACAGUCUCAUUAAUCACCUCCGUCGUCAGCAUGGCCAAAUCAAGUAGAUUCGGGCAGGAAUUACUGGUGACAGUGAAGGAAGAAAUAACUGGAUACUAAAGAAUAUAUUUUUCACUGAAUGAUGUUGACUAAGAAUUUACCCAGGAAAAAUAUUAAAAGUUUUAAACCAA